AUGGGCCAUGCCGAUGCACUCAGUCGCUUACCGCUGCCAGACACGGGGCCCGACCCAGCCCCAGCCCACCAGGGGUGCCUGCUAUGGGGGAGCCGGGUGGUGGUCCCCCCCCUUCAGAAAAGAGUCCUGGAAUCGCUACAUGAAACACAUCCGGGCAUAGUGAGGAUGAAGGCCCUAGCCAGGAGCUAUGUGUGGUGGCCCGGAAUGGACGGGGAAAUAGAGGACUGGGUCCGGAGGUGCAGAGCGUGCCAGGAAUCGCGGCCGGACCCACCCAGCGCCCCGGCCACCCGGUGGGAGGCCACAAGGAAACCAUGGUCCAGGCUCCACCUAGACUUCGCGGGGCCGUUCCAGGGGCAGAUAUUCCUAAUAAUAGUGGACGCCUACACAAAAUGGCUGGAGGUCAUCCCUGUGGCGUCCACCUCCUCAGCUGCCGCCAUCAGAGCCCUGCGCAGGGUCCUGUGCACCCACGGCAUCCCGGACACCUUGGUCUCUGACAACGGGGCCGCCUUCACCUCGGGAGAGUUCCAGGCUUUCCUCCAGAGGUACCUCAUAAGGCACAUCAGGUCGGCCCCCUUUCACCCAGCCACCAACGGCCAGGCGGAGCGGAUGGUCCGCACCACCAAAGAGGCCCUGGGCAGGAUCGUGCAGGGCGAUUGGGACCAUAGGCUAGCCGCCUUCCUCUUUGAUAACAGGUGGUUGGCGGGGCGGGUGCUACGAGUUGCGGGUUCCCGCCACUACGAGGUAUCCACGGAGGGCGGCCAGCUCCUACGUCGGCACAUCGACCAGAUGCGCCGCCGGACCCUACCCGAGGAACCCCCGGAAGCCAGGGAAGCAGCCCGCCCCGAGGAGCCACCGACAACCCCGCCGACAUCCACAACCCUGCCUCUCCCAGCGGAGGCAACCCAAAACCCCGAACUCGGCCCGCAGCCCCCAGAGGUUCCGGCCCCCAAGGAGACGCAGGGGGCCGAGGCUACCAGGACUCCGCAGGCCAACCCACGGCGGUCAACGCGAGAGCGCCGGCCUCCCGCCUACCUCCAGGAUUACGUUACUAACUAA